AUGCUGCGCCGAUGGCACCCUUUGCGCUUCCGUAGAACAGUUUUAUGGCUGGCUGAUAACGGAGGUGGUCUGUUCGAGCGUUAUACAGAAAUUGAGAACUCAAAUGAACGGCGAAUAAAUGCAUUAAAGGCAUCUGGAAUGUUUGAUGAUGAGUGGAUUGCUACAGAGAAGGUACAUGGUGCUAACUUUGGUAUUUACUCUAUUGAAGGUGAGAAAAUGAUACGAUAUGCGAAGCGAAGCGGUAUUAUGCCUCCCACAGAGCAUUUUUUUGGUUAUCAUAUUUUAAUACCUCAACUUCAACAGUAUAUUACUCUCGUCCGUGAUAUGCUAUGUGAGAAGUUGCAGAAAAAAGUUCACACUGUUCUUCUAAACGGUGAACUCUUUGGUGGAAAGUACGAUCAUCCUAGUUUACCAAAGACUCGGAAAACAGUUAUGGUUGCAGGUAAACCUAGAACCAUUAGUGCUGUACAGACGGACUCUUUUCCACAGUAUAGUCCUGAUCUUCAUUUUUACGCAUUCGAUAUUAAAUACAAGGAAGACUCUGAUUCAGAGUACAUGACUCUCAUUUUCGAUGAAGCUACAGAAAUAUUUCAAAAGGUUCCAGGUUUACUAUAUGCCAGAGCUAUUAUUCGUGGUCCCAUGUCUAAAGUUGCUGCCUUUGAUGUGGAGAACUUUGUCACGACGAUUCCCCCACUUGUUGGGAUGGGCAACUACCCACUGAAGGGUAAUUGGGCAGAGGGACUCGUCGUAAAGCAUGUAAACCGAGGAAAACCAGGUUUUGAUCCAAAGGGAUUGACCAUCUUGAAGUUCAAAUGCACUGCCUUUCAGGAGAUUUCAACAGACCGGCGUCAGGGACCACGUGUGGAUGAGAUGGAGGGAGUACGGCGUGACUCCAUUAACCGCGCCGGUGUUCAGCUUCCCGAUCUUGAGAGUAUUAUACAAGACCCGGUGCAGCUCGAAGCCUCAAAGUAUCUCCUAGAUCAUGUUUGUGAAAAUCGUCUUAAUAGCGUUUUGUCAAAAAUAGGAACUGAACCCUUUGAGAAGGAAGAAAUAACAUAUGAUGAACUCGCAACACUUUUAGCAAAAGAUGCUUUAAAAGAUUUUCUUAAAGAUGCAGAUCCUGCUAUUGUGAACACUCCUAUAUUAACCCGCAGGGAUAUGACCAGGUACGUUUUAUUUGAGUCAAGGCGACUAGUGUGUUCGCGUUGGAAGACCAUUCUCCAACGGCAGACCGUGGAUGCGGAAGGAUGA